GCUAAAUUGAAGGUGUAUCAAGACGAAUCCAAUCCGCACACAAACGGCAGCACCCUUCUACACCAUCUUACGAGACGAGACCCAAGCUCUGAACAACACCACCCAGAGCACAAGGGAACGCCACAACGCUGCUCACGACUCUCUUCAUCGCUAUCAUCAAGGACCUGCCUAGGUGGGCUAGUUACUCAAGAUGGGUUCGCACAUGCCCAACCACACUCCCGACCUUGCCGGCAUGGAUGCCAACCUAGUCUGCGCCAAGCAUCCAGACCAGACUCUAGAGCAGACCAACCAGACCUCGCUGUGCCGACAGUGCUUGCGGGAGAAUGAGCAAAUCGCCGCCCUGGGCCUUCUCCAGCUCCACGUCGGCUACCCAGACCUGCAAUUCGACGAGCACAACGCCCACCACUCGUGCAAGGAGUGCAUGCUCGCGACCCUGGAGGAAGCCGGCGCCUGCGCACGUACCGACCGCUGCUUCUACCACCCGAACGCGGCCCCCGUCGACCAGUCGCAGGCCGUCCCGUGCGAGGAGUGCCGGCGCGAGGCGCGCGAGGCCGAGCACCGACCGCACUGCCGCAUGCACCCGGACGUGCGGCGCCGCCCGGGCCUCGCGUACUGCUACCGGUGCGAGGUCCACUUCCGGCGGUCGAGGAUCCGGUGCGGCUGGCGCUCCGCCCGGUACAGCCUGGCCGAGAUGCGGGCCGACGUCGGGGCCAUGGAGGACUUCCUGCUGGCCUGCGAGCGCCAGAGGGGCGUGUACUUUCCCGACGUGCGGGGAGAUCCCACCGUCGCCAACACCAAGGAGGUCCUAGCGGCCAUGCACUUCCUCAAAGCGCGGUUCGAGGAGCUUGGGGAGAUCCCUGCUCAUGCGGGCCGUGACUGA